CACUGACUCGAACCGCACGCCGUCGUGCGUGCCACGAUGGCAUUGACGGAUGCUAAUAGCUUUUCUUCGUCAUCUUCCUUAAUCUCCUUGUAAGAAGAAUAACCAUAAAAAGGGUACCAUCUCUCUCUCUUCGAUUGCAGCAAAAUCAUUGCUCUGAAUUUAGGGUUUCAAACCAAAUUGCUUUUUCCUGAACCACAGCGAACCAAUUACACCCAGCUUUCAGCUCUCACAGACACAUCAUCAAUUCGAUUCCACACCAUCGAAACCGUCGACGAUCUCUCUAAGGUGAAAAGAUGGGGGCACUAGUAUCGAGAUUCUGGUUCAUGUUGUUUCCUGCAAAGGAGUAUAAGAUCGUUGUUGUUGGAUUGGAUAACGCUGGUAAGACGACGACGCUUUACAAAUUGCACUUAGGAGAGGUUGUCACUACGCAUCCUACAGUGGGUAGCAACGUGGAGGAGCUUGUGUAUAAGAACAUUCGGUUUGAGGUUUGGGAUCUUGGUGGGCAAGAAAGACUGAGGACAUCGUGGGCGACAUAUUAUCGCGGAACUCAUGCUGUCAUUGUAGUGAUAGACAGCACUGAUAGAGCCAGGAUCUCCAAUAUGAAAGACGAGCUUUUCAGGCUGCUCUCACACGAUGAUCUUCAAAGCUCAGUUAUACUCGUCUUUGCAAACAAGCAGGACCUCAAGGAUGCCAUGACCCCCGCAGAGAUAACUGAUGCCCUUUCGCUUCACAGCAUAAAGAAUCAUGAUUGGCACAUCCAAGCCUGCUGUGCCCUCACCGGAGAUGGCCUGUAUGAUGGUUUGGGGUGGAUUGCUCAGCGGGUUACUGGGAAAGCGCCAAGCUAGAACUGGGGAAAAAGUGAAGUGUUAUUAAUACUUUGUUUAUGGGAUUGAGGGAUUCUACUUUGUGUGCCAUCUAACAUACCGAGUGAUGCGGAUGAGCAUACUUGAUUCUGUUGUUCCCGUUUUGAUUCUGCUUGAACAUAAGGUGUUAUCUUAAUGUUUCACAACAUUUGCUGAUAAUGGAUGUAUUGUUUACAAAUAUGUGCUUGUUUUGUUUUUAA